AUGACGACAACCAGCCGCCGCUCGACUGAGAGCCCCUCUCCGGGCUCCCCUAACCCAUUCUCGCGAAUUGCACACAAACUCGCCGCGCUCCGCCACGAUCACGACGCCAAAGCCACAUCGACCGUCAGCCUCGACCGCGCCCGCAAAUCUCCCCGUAACAGCAGCAGCACUACAGACAGCAGUGACAAGGUGCCCCAACUCGACCUGCGCAAUGGUGUCAAUAGCGCCCCCGACGUCCGGCCGAGGGCAAACACUGCCGCCAGCAGUACCUCUUCAACGCCACAAAGCCCGCGAAGUACACCAAGUCAGCCCAGAACCGACGAUGAAGACCCUGAGACCCCCGAGGAGCACAAUCGCUAUGGCGCAGAGCUCCAUCACCCAGCCAAGCUGGUGACGAUUGCUGAAGCGUCCGGCAUGCCCGUUGACUCUGUCGUCACAUUCAGAGCUCGAAUCCACACACAACGCCGAAUGUCGAAACAUCUCGACUUUCUCCUGUUCAGGGAUCAAACGCAUACCAUCCAGGGCGUGCUGUCGCACACUCACCCAAACAUGGUACGGUGGGCUCAGCACCUCAAUCCCGAGUCCAUUGUCCAGGUCACCGGCACGCUCCAGAAGCCUGUGCAACAUGUUCGCUCGGCAUCUCACAGCGGCGUUGAGAUCAGUAUCGACACCAUGUAUCUUGUCAGUCCUGCGCAUGACUUGGCGUUCAGCAACUACAAGGCACCGAACACGAUGCACCAUCGUCUCGAAGCGCGCGUUCUCGAUCUGCGGCAUCCAGCAAACCAGGCUCUCUUCAGGGUCCGCCACACCAUCACCCGGACAUUUCGCGAAUCGCUCGAGAAACAGAACUUCAUGGAGAUGCACACCCCAAAACUUCAGCCAGCGGCUACGGAGAGCGGCGCGUCCGUGUUCAAGGUGAACUACUUCGGUCGCAGAGCGUUUCUCGCCCAGAGCCCACAGCUAGCCAAGCAAAUGGCCAUCUCGGCAGAUUUCGGUCGAGUUUACGAGAUUGGCCCCGUGUUCAGAGCUGAAAAUUCAAACACACAUCGCCACCUCACCGAAUACACCGGCCUCGACCUGGAAAUGACUAUCCAAGACAACUAUCAUGAGCUCAUCAAGGUUCUCGACCGUGUGCUCAAAGACAUUUUCACAGCAGCUCAGGCCAUGCCGGAGCUUGAUGUGGUCCGCGAGCGAUGGCCGAGUUCUCCGAUAGAGUGGCUGGAGGAGACUCCAAUCAUUCCUUUCGCCCAAGGCAUCCAAAUGCUGCGCGAUGACGGAAGAGAUGUCGAAGAGGAGGAUUUAAGCACUCGCGACGAAAUUCGUCUCGGUGAGCUCGUCAAAGAAAAGUACAAGACCGACUACUACAUCCUCGACAAAUUCCCAAAGAGCGCGCGCCCGUUCUAUACGCACAAGGCGGAGGACCCUAAGUGGACCAACUCUUUCGAUAUUUUCGUCCGAGGACAAGAGAUCUGCACUGGUGGCCAACGCAUCAAUGAUGCGGCAGAACUACGGGCAAGCAUGGUAGAUGCUGGCAUAUCCGAGGACGACAUGGCCGAGUACCUUACUGCGUUCGACCUAGGAGUACCCCCCCAUGGUGGCGCAGGAUUGGGCCUGGACCGACUUGUGACCCUUCUUCUCAACCUCGGCGAUAUUCGAUACGCGACGCUCUUCCAUCGUGACCCGAAAUCGCUGCCGGCGCGUCCUCCCGGUCUGCCACACCCCAACGCCGACACGACAAAGCCGCGGCCUGGUCAUGACUUCCCAGCCCUAGAAGAUCUCAUCGCCAACUAUGGCGACGCCUCCAACACCUCAUGGCUUGAUGAUCGAUUCCAGAUCUGGCGUCACCACACCGGUGCGGCGGUUGGGUACGUGAAGCAAGGAAGGCUUGCCAUGGUCAUUGGCGAUCCUCUCUGUGACAUGCGCCAGUAUGCCGAAGUCAUUCCGGCCUUCAUCGACUUCACGGCACGUGAGCUUAAGCUGACACCGAUUUGGAUGCUCGUAUCAGAGGAGGUUCACGAAGUUCUUGGCCACGAAUUGGGAUGGCGCACCCUCAGCUGCACAGAGGAACAGCGUACUGAUGCCGACCAGCACACGGGACCCCACGGCCAACUUGCUCGCCGGGUUGAGCGUGAGGGUGUCAAGAUUCGCGAACUUCGACCUGAUAGCGCGUUCAUUGACCGCGCCAACACAGCAAUUGAAGCUUGGAGGUCGACGCGCAAGGGCAAGCAAGUUCACCUGACAGAGAUUCGGCCCUGGGUGGAUAUGUCGCAUCGUCGCUAUUUCGCUGCCGAGAAGGGCGACCAAGUCCACGGGCUUGUUGUGCUGGCGCAACUAGCCCCCAGGCACGGUUGGCAGGUCAAGUGGGCGCUCGACUUCCCCGGCGCGCCAAACGGCACCAUUGAUGUACUCAUUGAGACAGCUCUGGCGAGCAUCACUGGCUCCGUCACGUUUGGUGUCGGUGCCAGUGAGAAGCUGACACCGGGUGAGCAGCUCCACGGAACGAGGGCCAAGUUCCUGGCGAAGACGUACGAGGCUAUUGUUAAGAGCCUAGGCUUGAACAGAAAGACAGAGUUUAGGAGAAGUUUGGAGUGCUAG